AUGGGCUUCACCAACUGCCCGAGCUUCGCAGGUCCCGUCGUCGCCGUGAAUCCCGUCACGGGCAAUCAUGUUGGCAACAUCCGCGGCGGACGCGUGAAGCCCAAGCCGAAAUUCUACAAGACCAAGACGCGGCUCUGCCCGCAUUGCGAUCUGCGCGGCGCAUAUGACCCGAACGUGGCCCGCCUGGUGCAUGACAUGGGAUGGGGCUUCACCUGGGGAAAGGAUGCAGCGGAUCCUGAAGGAAACUGGGGUGUCGAUUUGAGACUGGGGAGCGCAAAGAAUGGGUGUGCAAUUCUUUGA